CCCCGCUCCUGCCCCGGGCCCCGGCAAACAGGUGGGCGAAGUCCCAAACCGCGCUGAAACCGCGCUUAAAGCGCGCCCGGCUUCCUUCGGGCUAUUUUUCCCCCCUCUCCCUCUUACCCCACACCUGAAGCUGCCCCCGAGCACACCGGCAGCAAAGAAUGCCCGUUUGGGGCUUUUGGCGGGGACUUUACGGCUUCGCGAUGGCUCAGCAUCCCGCCGGAGCUCGCGCUGGCUGCCGGAGUUAAACCCAGCCCUAACAAAGAGCUGUUUAUUAAAGCCAGCGACGCGCCAGCAUCUAUUUGCUUUUACCUCCCUUCCUCUGGGACCGGGGUAUCCCAGAGCUGCCGGCACAGUCCGGCUCAUCCCCACCGGCAGCCCGGGACCCCCGAAACUGCUCCCAGGGAACCAGAGGACACCCAGUGCGUUCUUUGCUGGCGCUGGCGUGUUUCUCCUCCCGUUUUGGAAGCGGGAAUCGUUUCGGUGUGGUUAUGAAAGAAGGGGAAGGAAUCCCUUGAGCCAGGUGGGUCAGAGCCCACCGGCUCAACUUACUUUCGCAAAGCUCCACAGCCCCUCUGUGCUGUCUCCCCACUGUGCUGCCUUGGAUCUCUGAGCUCUGGCUUUGCUUUUUUUUUGCCUCGGUUUUAAGUCAAUUCCACAGGAAUCCCAUAAUAACGGUGCCCGUCUCCGGCAUGAGUCAGUCCCGAGGGAGCGAUCGGUUUGCAGGCAGGAGUCCCACCAGCGUUCCUGGCCCCGGCAGAGCUCACAAGACAGCUGUUUUCCUCUUGUUUUGUCAUGUGGCAGCGGGACGGGGCUCUGGAGCUCCAGCAGGACGAAACAUGAGUUAUAGCAUCUCUCCCAGGGCUGACAAAGCCAUCCCAGCUCUGCCCGGAGCGCGGCGUCACCCGGGUACAUUCCAGGGAGGAAGCCUGGGCUGAGGACUUCUUGCCCAGGUGGAAAAAACUCCUGAAUCUGCGUAAAUGGGGGGGGGGGGAAAUACAAAAUCAGUAGUUGGAUCCCGGGUGGCGCGGCAGCACCGGCACCGGAGCAGGAUCCCCAUCCCCGUCCCCAUCCCUGUUCCCGCAGAGCUGCCUCAGCAGGCAGCAGCUCCUGGCCGCCAUCCGGCAGAUGCAGCAGCUGCUGAAGGGGCAGGAGACGCGUUUUUCCGAGGGGCUCCGUGUCAUGAGGAGCCGGCUCAGCUCCCUACACUCCACCCUGGCCAAGGCAGCUCCAGAGGCACCCACCGUCUCCUGUCCUGCCCUCCAAGCCCCCACGGAUGGGAGGAAGUUCGGCACCAAGUACUUGGUGGAGCACGAGGUUCACUUCACCUGCGACCCGGGUUUCCAGCUCCUGGGCUCCAGCACACGGAUGUGCCAGGCCAACGGCACCUGGAGCGGGCAGGAGCCCCGCUGUGAAGAGAUCAGCGAGUGCUCGAGCAGCCCCUGCCAGAACGGCGGGACGUGCCUGGAGGGGCUCAACCAGUUCAGGUGCCUCUGCCCCCAGCAGUGGACUGGGGCCACCUGCCAGCACCGGGCACAGACGGCUCCUCCCGCCUGGAGCGUGACGGACGAUCCUGCGUUCAGCCGCCAGCCCCGCUGUGCCCAGGUGGCCCAGGCCCAGCAGUGCAGCUGCGAUCCCGGCUUCCACAUGAAUGGAACGGCCGCCAACGGGCUCUGCCAGGACCUCAAUGAGUGCGAGGUGUUCCAGCGGGACGGGGGUCCCCGGCUCUGUGUCCAUUCCUGUGUCAACCUUCCCGGCUCCUUCCGCUGCUCCUGCCCCUCCGGAUACGUCCUCCUGGGAGACGGCAGGAGCUGCGAAGACAUCGAUGAGUGUUCCCUCUCCCAGGAUAACUGCACGGGCGGGAGCAGCUGCAUCAACACUGGGGGGGGAUUCCAGUGCGUCACCCCCCGGUGCCCCCCGGCCGUCGGGAACGUCUCCUACGUCAAAACCUCCCCCUUCCAGUGCGAGCGCAACCCCUGCCCGAUGGAGAGCCGGUCGUGCCACCACGCUCCCAAAACCAUCUCCUUCCACUACCUGCCGCUGCCCUCCCGGCUCGUGGCUCCCACGCCGCUGUUCCGCAUGGCCACGGCGGCGGCUCCCGGCCGGCCGGGCCCCGACAGCCUCCGCUUCGGGAUCGCGGGCGGGAACAGCCGCGGGCACUUCGUGGUGCAGCGCUCGGACCGGCACACCGGGGAGCUCAUCCUGGUGCAGAGCCUGCAGGGCCCCCAGACCGUCCAGGUGGACGUGGACAUGUCCGAGUACCUGGACCGGGUCUUCCAGGCCAAGCACUUGUCCAAAAUCACCCUCUUUGUCUCCGCCUAUGAGUUUUAGGGGAGGCGGUGGCGGCGCUGGCGGCUCCCGGGCCCCGCUCAGCGUCCUGUCCUGAGGUGCUUCCCAGGUGGAUUGACACCUGCCUGUGUGCAGGAGGAAAACCCAAACGAGGUGGAAAAGAACCGGGAAGUGGGGCUCCAUCCUCACCCCCAGCUCCGGAGGGAUGAUGUCCUACAGCCACCUGAUUUCCUAAGGAUUCCUGCUUUUUCCUUUAGGAAGGCAGUGAAGCAGAGCAUUGUGGGAGGAGGGAGGCUCCUGGCCUUUCCCGCUCUCCUCCCUGCUGGCCUGGGAUUGCUUGGACACCAGCUCCCUAAAAACAUGCCUCUGCUUCCCUCUGGAUGCUUAGAAUCUCCCUGGAGCCUGCUGGGGAUUGAGGUCCAUUGCCUUUAUCCCCUGGGAUUGAUCAGGGCUGGAAAACUCCAUGAACAUCCACCUGGCUGGCUCCUGGUGCCCUCCUUGGCAAGCUGGGCAAAGGAGGAAUCCCAGCGCUAUCCCUGCUCCUUAAACCUCCCCAAUGGGAAUCCCCUAUGGAUCUCCCUCGCCGUGACCUCCAAGCUGCGUGUGGAGGUGGGAAUAUUCCCUGCUCCACCAGCCACAGCUUCCAUCCUGGUGUAGGAGCGCUGGGAAGAGCUGGGAUUCGGCUCUUCCCGGGGGGAUUCACCCCCCUGCUUGUGCAUGUUCUCCUGACAUUCUGCAUGUUCCCAUGUUCCGCUGGAUUUAGCACAAUUAAAGGAUGAUAUAAAGGAUGGCACCAGAGUGAAGCACCCAAUGGAUGUGUGGAUGGUGGGAAUGCUCAUCUGGAGCCAUCCAGGAGAGCUCUGGGUCUGGUGGGGCAAGAAUCUGUUAUCCAGAGUUUUACUUUCCUGCCUUACAUUGCCUGGGAGGUGGCUCAUUACCCCUGGAGCAUCCUCAUCCUGAGCAUCCCCAUCCCUGAGCAUCCUUCCCCCCAAGGAAACUUCACCCUGAGCGUCCUUUCCCCCGGGAAUCCUCAUCCCUGAGCAUCCUUUUUCCCCCUGGAAUCCUCACCCUGGAACACCCUCAUCCCUAGGAAUCCUCACCCCUGAGCAUCCUGCUGAGCUGCACCCACCAAAACCCUUCCCAGUCCUGUCCCCACAGAGGGAGAUUUCCCAAGAUGGCUCUGUCUCCUGAGGGGGAGAUGGAUCUCUGCAUCCUUUGGGGGAUCGAGCUCCCGGAUUUUUUUGGGGGUACAGCCUUUCCAUGGGAGCUUGGGACGGGUUGGAUCUCUCCAGGCAGAACAAGGAGGGACAUUCAGGGCUGCUGCCGGCGGAUGGAGGAUGUUUGGCUUGGCGGGAGCUCCGGAUGGAUGUGGAGUCGGGCAGGGAAAUGCAUCCCAGGGUUGUGCGAGGGGAGGGAAGGGAAAACUUCCUUAAAAAGCCCCAAAAUAAUAAUAAUAAUAAAAAAGGCUUUUCUGGGAGCACGACUGCUCUU